AUGAAGACGAUCAAUCAGUUGCCCAUAACCUGCAAAAUCCCAAAUCUCCAGUUACCCAUUGGCUUCGAUCGCAAAUUCACUUUCUCUUCUCCUCGUAAAUCCUUUUCCUCUUCUCUCAUUCCAUUGCUUCCGAAAACCUUAAAUGGCUUCUCUUCUUCUUCUUCUUCUUCUUCUUCUUCCUCUUCUUCCGUCACUCGCAGAUCGAAAAUUAACACCCCCAAGCGUUUCUCUGUCUCCAUGGAGUGGCAAGACUGCACAGUGAAGAUGGAAGUAGAUGUUCCAGUAAGCGUAGCGUACAAUUUCUACUUGGAUCGUGAGUCUUUCCCUAAAUGGAUGCCUUUCAUUUCAUCCGUCGAGGUGUUGAAAGACAAGCCUGAUCUCUCACGUUGGUCACUCAAGUACAAUGCUUUUGGACAAGAUAUCAAGUAUUCUUGGCUUGCUCGUAAUCUGCAGCCUACUCCUAAUCAGAAAAUCCAUUGGAGGUCUCUUGAAGGUCUUCCUAAUAAAGGCAGCGUUCGAUUCUUCCCUAAAGGUCCAUCAUCUUGCGUCGUAGAGCUAACCGUAUCAUAUGAAGUCCCUGCGCUUUUAACCCCUGUGGCAUCGGUUCUGAGGCCCUUUUUAGAAAGGUUGCUUAGAGGUGGACUUGAAAGAUUUGCAGCCUUGGCUAAAACCCCUUAA